AUGCUUCCUAAGACCCACUUGACUUCACAUUCCAGGAUGUCUGACUCUAGCGCCGUGGGCCCUUUGCAGCUGCGGUUUUCGCCCUACGCUUUCAACGGAGGUACUGUAUUGGCAAUUGCUGGAGAAGAUUUUUCAAUUGUUGCUUCUGACACUAGAUUAAGUGAAGGGUUUUCAAUUCACACACGGGACAGCCCCAAAUGUUACAAAUUAACAGACAAAACAGUCAUUGGAUGUAGCGGUUUCCAUGGAGAUUGUCUUACCCUGACCAAAAUUAUUGAAGCAAGACUAAAGAUGUACAAACACUCCAAUAAUAAGGCCAUGACUACCGGGGCGAUUGCUGCGAUGCUGUCUACAAUCCUGUACUCCAGGCGCUUCUUUCCCUACUAUGUGUACAACAUCAUCGGGGGGCUUGAUGAAGAAGGGAAGGGAGCCGUGUACAGCUUUGACCCGGUAGGGUCCUACCAGAGGGACUCGUUCAAGGCCGGAGGCUCAGCCAGUGCCAUGCUGCAGCCGCUGCUUGACAACCAGGUUGGUUUUAAGAACAUGCAGAAUGUGGAGCAUGUCCCGCUGUCGUUGGACAGAGCCAUGCGGCUUGUGAAAGAUGUCUUCAUUUCUGCUGCUGAGAGAGAUGUGUACACUGGGGACGCACUCAAGAUCUGCAUUGUGACCAAGGAGGGCAUCAGGGAGGAGACUAUUCCUCUGCGGAAAGACUGA